AUGUCGCUGUCAGGCCUUCGUAAACAGUUCAACAAGGCCAACCAGUAUUUGUCCGAGACCAUGGGUGCUGCUGAGCCUACGAAACUCGAUGAGCAGUACAACGAGAUGGAGAAGCAUAUUGAUACAACGUACGAGCUUAUCAGUGCUCUUGUAGCUGGGACAAAUGAAUAUCUGCAACCCAACCCAGCCACUCGGGCAAAAAUGGCCACCAUGGGUGCUAUCUCGAAGGUUCGUGGUACUGUGAAGACGUCGCCUUACCCACAAACGGAAGGGAUGUUGGCUGAUACAAUGUAUAAGUAUGGAACUGCGUUAGGCGACUCGAGUGAUCUUGGAAAGGCACUACUCGAGGCAGCCGAAGCUUACCGCCAUAUGGCCGACAUCAAAUAUCAAAUGGAGGAGAAUGUGAAGCAAAAUUUCAUUGAUCCAUUAACUCAUCUGCAGAAUAAUGAGUUGAAGGACGUUAAUCAUCACCGUACGAAGCUGAAAGGGCGUCGUCUUGAUUACGAUUGUAAAAAACGGCAACAGAGAAGAGAUGAAGAGCUAAUCCAGGCUGAGGAAAAACUGGAGGAAUCCAAACGGCUUGCCGAAAUGGCCAUGUUCAAUGUGUUGAGCAACGAUGUGGAACAAGUUUCUCAGCUGCGAGCUCUUGUUGAUGCUCAACUGGAUUUUCACCGGCAAACCACGCAAGUACUUGAAGCGUUGCAAGCACAACUUGCCGCAAGUGAAAGAGCGAGUUGUCGUCCUCGAGCGGAGCACCACCCUCAGCCAGUGCUCACCAACAGAACACCCCGUUCCAGAUCGCCUGCGGAUGGUUCAAUUGGUGGCCAGUCGCACAGUGGAUUUGAGCAACCACCACCUUACUCAAAUGGUGGAGGCUUCCAGGCGUCUCUUAAUCUCAAAGAAGGUCAAGUAGUAGAGCUCGUUGCGCAGGUGGAUGAAAAUUGGUUUGAAGGCCGAUUGAAUGGGAAGAACGGUCUGUUUCCGAUUGCUUAUGUGCAAGUUUUGGUUCCUCUGAGAUGA